AUGACGCGGGAGGAGCAGUGCAGGGAGGAACUUGGCUACGACCGGCUGCCCACCCUGGAGCGGGGAAGGCUGGACUCAGGGAGCUACACCCCGGACGCCAAGCCUAACGACCUGCAGCUGUCAUCAAGGCUGCCCCCGUGCUUCAGUCACAAGACGUGGGUCUUCUCUGUGUUGAUGGGGAGCUGCCUGCUUGUGACCUCGGGGUUUUCGCUCUACCUGGGAAACGUGUUUCCUUCUGAAAUGGAUUACUUACGUUGUGCUGCAGGCUCGUGCAUUCCCUCUGCAAUUGUGAGCUUUGCUGUUUCGAGGAAAACCAUCAACUCGAUUCCCAACUUUCAGAUAUUGUUUGUUUCCACGUUUGCUGUCACCACGACGUGUUUAAUCUGGUUUGGAUGCAAACUUGUCCUGAACCCAUCAGCAAUAGACAUAAAUUUCAAUCUGAUUCUGCUCCUUCUGCUGGAGCUUUUGAUGGCGGCCACGGUGAUCAUCUCCGCCCGGUCCAGCGAGGCGCUCUGCAAGCAGAAGGGUUCCAUCUCAGAUAGUGCCAACAUUCUGUAUGACGUGACAUUUCCUGCUCGGGUCCUGAAAUCCUAUUCAGUCAUCGAGGUGAUUGCCGGUGUCUCCGCCGUCCUGGGAGGGGUCAUCGCCCUGAACGUGGAUGACACCGUCUCAGGCCCACAUCACUCGGUGACCUUCUUUUGGAUCUUAGUGGCUUGUUUUCCAAGUGCCAUUGCGAGCCAUGUGACAGCGGAGUGUCCCAGCAAGUGUCUGGUGGAGGUGCUGAUCGCCAUCUGCAGCCUCGCGUCCCCGCUGCUGUUCACAGCCUCCGGAUAUCUGUCGUCCAGCAUAAUGAGAACCAUGGAGAUCUUUAAGGAGUACCCACCGGCCAUCAGGCAAUCCUACGACGUGCUCCUGCUGCUCCUGAUGCUGGAGCUGCUGCUGCAGGCGAGCCUCAACACAGGCACCGUCAUCCAGUGCGUGAGCUUCAAGGUGGGUACAUCCUGGGACACCACGCAGACCAGCCAGCAAGAGCGCCCAGCAGGGGAGGUGGCCAGAAGCCCCCUGAAGGAGUUUGACAAGGAGAAAGCCUGGAGAGCCGUCGUGGUGCAAAUGGCCCAGUGACGUGGGAGGGGAGCCCGAGGAGCAGGCCGGCCUGGCCCCAGUGCUGAGCUGCAGAAGUAUCCCCGAGCCCCUCCUUUCUAACUUGCCUUCCCCUUGUGAGGGUGGGCGGGCUGUAGGUGGUUUUCACUUGUUACCUAGUUUAAUUUUGAAAUGGGCAAAUGUUGACCAUUUGUGCUUGUCGGUCGGUCAGUUCAGUGCUCCCAAGGCGGCCUGACUGCAUGAGCCCAGGCCCCCAGGUGCGGAAGGGGCUCAGGGUAGAG